AUGACUGAAAUUCGGAACUUCUUUUUUGCGACAACAGAAAGUUUCUACAAAUCUACCCUCACUUUAGAUGAAUCAUGUGAGGAGAUCUUGAUGGAGUUUAUUCAUAAUUCCCAGAUUCUACUUAUUCAGACGAGUGUUAACGAUAAUUCAUUAGUGCUUUAUACUAAGAUACAACCAGGUGUGAAAAAAUCCAUAAUAUUCUAUAAAACAGUAGCUCAAAAUUUGACUGAGGAAAAUGCACUAAAUAACAUAAAUAUCAUUACAUUGACAACUAGUGCUGAGGAGUCCUUGUACCAAAUUUUAAGACAAAUCUAUUGCCCUCUCCUUGCAACAGGAGAUGAUCUUUACUCCAACAAGCUGCAAAAUAAUUUAUUUGAACUGGAAUCAAAUCUCAGAAUACUUACACACGGGAAAGGAGAUUCUAAUAUAAAUGUUAUUUUAUCUGUAAGUGAUGAAGUAGAAUAUUGGAAGACAAUAAGUGAAUUACGUGACACGAGCAAGAAAGAACGAGAAGCGGCUUCUUCUUUUUGUGUCUUCUUCGAAGACAUCUCUGAGGAGAUUAGAACACUCCAUUCCGGAAAUAUGCAGGAAAUUCGAGAUUGUGCUGAGAAUUUAGCUGGGAUUUUGGAUGACGUUUGGAGGUACACUCCUGUUGUGUACACCCAAGAGAGGAUGAUUCAUAUUUUUGAUAUUAUUGGCCACGCACUAUGUACAGUGAUACAAAACUCCGUAACCAAGCUAGAUAUAUGGAAAGCAUAUGAUGGACUACUAGAUAACCAUAUAUUGGUCUUAUUAUCUGAAAGCUUGAAUGCUGUACAAAUGUGGGUUAGUGCUUGCCAAUCUCUAACUGGUACAUAUUGGCCGAACUAUGCACUGCACACAUGGAAAGGAAAAACUUACGUGCCAAUAUUUUGUGUUAACUUUCAAAAUAGGCUUCGAGAGGUCCAUAGCAUUAGAUCAACUUAUAAUCAACUCAGUAAAUUACUAAAUAAAGCUGAGAAGAGUGAAUUAAAUACAGACCAAUUGUUUGAACCUUUUAAAAACAUAAAUAUAUGGAUAUGCAAUGGACCAAUACAAUCGUGGGAUGCUGCUGUUGCCAAAUUUUCGGCAAACCUAAGACCUGCGGAGACGAAAAUAGCAGAGAAGUUAAAACCAAGGCUGCAUAAUACAUCAACAAAACAAAUGCUUUACGAGUUCACACGUUACAAGACGUUAAUAAACAGAGCGAUGAUAAAAAAUGCGUUAAACAAUGAGUUAGAGCUGUUUGUGGCUUCGCUUUUGGCAAUGUUGAAUAGCAUCCGCGGUCAAUUGGACUCGGAUGACAUAGACGUAAAGAUGUACCAGCCUCCCGAAAUGUCGCCUACUGUGCAACAGGUGCAGUGGGCCAAGCAGAUGGAGGCAAAGGUAAAGGAGAUACAAGAAUGCGUGGACAACUCCCUCGUGGAGUUUGAGAAGAGUAAAGAGGUUUCGCAUUUGGCGUCGCAGAUGUUGACGGACCUGAAGACUCUGUAUACGCAGUUGCACGAGGACUGGUGUAGAGAUUUACAGGCUCAAGUAAAGAAUGGUUCCCUCCAGCUGUCAGUUGACAAACCGGUCGUGGAGUUCUCGAGCGCCACUCGGUUGAUGGAGGUCAACUUCAACCCUCGCUUGGUUAACAUCGAGCUGGAGGCGAGGUCUCUUUGCGCUCUAGGACUGCCUUCCCCACCGGCAGCUAACGUUCUGGAUAAGCUGACGAUUGCUUUGCGAUAUGCGAGGGCUUUGCAACAGGUUGCAUCCUUCCACAAUACGUUGGGUGAGCGAAUGAUACCGUCCACUCGACCGAUGAUGCUCGAAGCGGCUCUCGAUCUCUCCGCGUUGGUUCAGAACCAGAAACCCGUGUUUUGGAAUGAUGAAGUACAACUUGCUGCUUACACUGAAAACUUGAAGAAAAUGGUGCUUAAGUUAGAAUCGCAGAAUUCUUACCUCACCAGUCAACACCUGGCAAUUCGUGGUGUUGUAGAAAAGCUGAUGGACACGGAACUUCUCGCCAAGCAAAGCGAAUGGAAGAAGAGUGUUCACGAUAUUCGAGAUAUCAUAGAGAAGGUGGAAAGCAACGGCUACAAGAACACGGAGAUGUGGCGCUCCCACUGGGAGGUACAGGUGUACAAAGCGAUGGAGUGUCAGUACAUACGGGCCCUGCUCUCCCUGCACUCCAACUUCCCGCACACGAGGGUCGACUUGGUGCUGCGCGGCCGAGCAGUGACAGUGCAGCCUCCCCUGGAACAAGUCCGGACCCAGCUCUACCAGCAACUGAGAAGACUCGUGUCUCUGCCUUCGCACUUCCCCUCGUUGCUCAACAAUCAGCUGGAGAAGGCUGUCUUUGCGUCUAUAGUGGAGAAACACGGUUGGAUUGGCAACAAAGCGGUCCAUCAAAUAGAGACGGCUCUGCUGCGCCUGAGCCAGGCCUGUGAGACGUGGAGCAUCCGCGCGUGCGUGGCCUGCGCCCCCGACUUGGACGCCUUGUGCGCCGACCUCACGGAGCCCGAGCAUUGGGAGAUGAACUUCAAAGCCUGCAAGGCCUACGGGCAGGCCGUCGCCAAGAUGAGCUUUGAUGACGAAAAAAUAGAGUGGAUUUCCGUUGGGACGAUCUCCUUACGUCGAGAAUUUGAAGCGCAAUCGCGUAACUUGUGGGCGUGUCUCAUGACGUCACUCCAAAAUAGUUGCCACAAUGAUGCCUCGUUAUUGGACACGUUCAUCGCGAAUGUAACGGUGUUAUUGGAGAAUAAAAGCCUGCCCAAGAAUGCGAAGGAAUUGGCUGAUAUCAGCGCGAAGCAGCAGGCCCUUCGUGAGAAGAUGCCAGAGAUGGAGAAAUUGGUGGAAGGGCUGAAGCGAAAGAGCCACAUGUUACGCACUUGGGGUGGAGACUCUUCUAUUGAGAGCGUGGUUAAAGAGUGGUUCAAGAUGCGGGAACAGAUGGAUGCGCAUCUGCAAAUGUUUGAACGACAGGCCGAGGUGGUAAAAUCUAGUUUGACGGGCGAUUGGGACAAUAUUACGAGUGGUGUAGAGGCCUGGGUGUCUCGUUGGGGACAGGCCAAGGCCCGCCUGGAGGAGACGCGGCAAAUACGAUUCGAGGAUAUGCUCGAUAGAUGUCGCUCUGUUUUCGAAGCCAUAGACAACUUUGAUAGACUUGUAGGAGAGCGGGACGAGUUGUUAUGUGAAUGUAAGAAGUUCAAUAUGAAAUUUGAAGUAAAUGACGUUUGGAAGGAGGCGGAAUCGCUUCGAAAUGACUUCGUCAAUACGUGGAAUAUUCUCAAAGAGUAUAAUGACGAAUAUGAAACGAUCGGCGAUCAAGAGUGGAUCGUAUUUCAGAAGAAGUUGCAUUUGCUGGAGGAAUUUGUGUGUCGAUGGAAAAGUCGCCUCGAGCCAUACACAGCGGUUACGCUGUACAUGCAACAGGAGAUAGACAAAUAUACUGACCUCACGGCAGUGUUGAAGUACAUCCGUGGCACGGAGUUCACGGAAAGGCAUUGGUGCGAAGUGUUCAACCUCUUGGAGAUGGAAUACAGGAAGCCGGAGACAUUGAAGCUGAAUGACUUUCUGAAGGUGGCCGUCAAUAUUAAGAAACAAAUGAGGGCUUUACAGAAAAUUAGUUCGAGCGCUUCUAGCGAAGCAGCCGUACGGACUGCGCUUAAUGAACUUGAACUAUGGUUUGCCGGUGCGAGGCUGACUCUCACUUACUACACGGAUAAGUCCAAGAAGCUCACCCCCAUUGUUAAGGACUUUAAGGAUAUUCUUACGAAGGUCGAAGAACAACAGUGGGUGGUGUGGUCCUUGGGCGGGGAAUUGGGCGGCAAUUGGGACAAUAUGUUGCGAGCUGCGACGACUUUGUUAAGGGCUAUGCAUCAUGUUCAACGCAGGUUAGUCUAG